AUGAGCAAAUGUCAAUCUAACUUCUUUGUUAAUCGUGCUUGCGUCUUUAUGAAUUCCGGAAAUGAUCCCAUGAUUAAGAGUCAGGUGAUCGAUGAUCCUCAACAGCUUAUCAAACUUCCAUUUCCACCAGAAAUUAACUCACAUGAUUUAGUUACUUUACAUCCCGAUGGUCGUGUUCCUAAAACUCCUAAUGCUUUUAUUAUCUAUCGAAAAUUAUUUGUUGAAACUGCUCAUGCAAGCGGUUAUAACUUGCCAAUGAGUAUUAUUUCUUUAAUGGUAUCUAAAUCAUGGGAGAAAGAACCAGAAGAAGUAAAAAAUGAAUAUAAAAGAAUUGCAAGAGAAGCCUCUGACUAUCGUAAUGAGCUAUUUCCUAAAAAAAAAUCUCAAAAGAAGAGAGACCAAUGGAAAACCGUUUCAUUUGAUAAACCUUCUGUUCGUAAAGUUAGAAUUCCUAAACCUAUGAAGUCUGUCAAUAAAUCCACAAAACAUAAACAACCUAAAUCAUCCACACCCAAAAUUCAACCUACUCCUAAUAACAAUUUAUUAUCACCUAAACAUGAUGAUUUAAAUGAUAUUGAUAUAAAUUCACCAAUUUUUGACCUCGAUUUAUUUAAUGAAUGGACAGAUUUCUUUAGCAAUCAAAAUAGUUAUCCAAGUCCCGACUUAUCAAUAACUUCUAGUAGUGAUAAUUCUCCUAGUCUAAAUAAUUUUGAUUUGCCAAUUCAAGAUUAUCAACAAAUUGACGAUGAUAUCUUUAAUAACCUUUUGUUCAUUGGUGAAAACCAGUCCCAUAUAUAUGAUAGUCAAUAUGGACUGGGAAUUGUUGAUUUCACUAAUGUUAACUCUAACGUCAAUGAAAUUUCAGAAAUAAAUUCACAUAAUCUACAUGAAAUCCUUAAUAUUCAGGACAAUUCCAUUUUAGAUAACUUGGUCAAUUCAAACGAUGAAGUAUCUUUCUUUCCUAACUUAUUAAAUACAGCAACAAUAAAUCAAGAUAAUUUAAACGAUGCAUUGAUCGCUUAUGAGAUGGGUUUUAAUUACCCUAUAUAA